CUGAAGCCGAACCAAACGCUAGCGGCCCUCCAGACACAUGAGGAAGCCCAGUCAAAACCGUAAAGACUACCCAGCUAGCUCCCAGUUGACCCCAGAUUCAGAAGCCAUAAACGCUUACUGUUGUUUGCCACUGAGGUUUUAUGGUUAUUUGUUAUGCAGCAUUACUGUGGCAAGAGAUAACUGAUACAACAAUGCCUGGCACAGAACAGGUCCUCAAAAAAUGUUUAAAAUGCACACACUCAGAAGCCCUCCUGCAAGGCCAUGAAGAUGAGCCGGCUCUGCCUCUCUGCAUCCCUUCUUGCCCUCCUGGGCACCCUGGCGGCUGGCACCCAGAGGGAUGAAACCAGCACCCCUGCCCAAGCCCCGCAGCCUACCUUCUGCCUGGAGCCUCCCUACAUGGGUCCCUGCAAGGCCCUGUUGUUCAGGUACUUCUACAACGCCAGCUCCAGGCUCUGCAAGACCUUUGCUUACGGCAGAUGCAGAAGGAAGCAGAACAACUUCCUGGAUAAGGAGGACUGCAUCAGCACCUGCAAUGGCUGCAACAGGCUCCAGGAGAGCUGGGCAACUGUGCUCCCCUGAGAUGCUAAAGUCCUAGGAGGGCCCCCACAGGGCUGGGCUGUGGUUGCUUCUGAAAGAUUUGAGCCUCCUCCUCUGCUCCCUUCUCAAACCUACCCUCCUCAGCAGAACCCUGCCUCUUUCCUCACUGCAUCCUCACCUUCAUCUCCCAUGCCACCAUCACUGCACUCCUCG